AUGGGUCAAGACACCAUCCAGGGACGCAUCGUGGGAGGAUACGCACCAGUUCCAUAUUCCAUCAAAUACAUCGUCUCCAUACAAACUAGAGAUCGGCAACAUUUCUGCGGUGGUUCUUUAAUAAAUAAGUACUGGGUAAUCCCAGCGGCGCAUUGUGAUAUUGGGGUCAAUAAAAUGAUGAUAGUGGCUGGAGAUUACUCUCUAAUCAUAUAUGAGGGCACUGAGUAGGUCGUCCUGCCCAAGCUCUUGGUGCCUCAUCCGGAGUACAACAGUGCCACGAAAAACAACGACAUCAUGAUCAUAAAGUUGAGGGGUCCAGUUGAUCUGAACAACUUUGUUUCCAUCGCCCUGCUGCCUCGGCAGGGUGCGUCCAUAGCAGAGGGCAGGCUGUGCCGCGUGUUAGGGUGGGGGUACACCAAUCCCCGUGGGGGCCAGAUACCCUCCACCCUGCGCACGGUCAGGUUGCCCAUCAUCUCCUCCCACAAAUGCAACAUCAGUGAGUCUUUCAAUGGAGACAUCACAGAAAACAUGCUCUGUGCAGGCUAUAGUAUUGGCGGGAAAGAUGCCUGUCAGUCUGUAUGCUGUUACUGA